AUGAGCGUAAACAUCAAUCCCUUAGGUGAAACACAAGUAUUCCAACCAAUCAAGCUUGGAAAGAACACCCUUUCACACAGAGUGUUCUUCCCACCAACCACAAGAACCAGAUCUUUGGAGGACCACACGCCGUCCAACUUGGCAUACAAGUACUAUGACGAGAGAUCAAAGUUUCCCGGAACAUUAAUCAUUUCUGAGGGCACUUUUCCAUCUGCUCAAGCUGGAUUGUACGAAGGUGUUCCUGGAAUCUGGACCGAAAGACAAACAAAAACAUGGAAACAUAUUAUUGACAAGAUCCAUGAAAACAAGUCAUUUGCAUCUAUUCAGCUUUGGAACUUGGGAAGAACCGGAGACCCAGCACUUUUGAAAAAAGCAGGUAAACCGUUCUUGGCUCCUUCAGCGAUUUAUUUCGACGAAGAGUCUAAGAAAGCUGCUGAAAAGGCUGGAAACCCACUUCGUGCCAUGACCGAAGAAGAGAUCAAGGACAUGAUUUACGAGCAGUAUACGAUUGCUGCAAAGAAUGCAUUGGAAGCCGGAUUCGAUUAUAUCGAGCUUCAUUCAGCCCACGGCUAUUUGUUGCACGAAUUUCUUGAAGAGUCCAGUAAUAAGCGUACAGACAAAUAUGGUGGAUCCAUUGAGAACCGUGCGAGAUUUGUGUUGGAACUUGUUGACCACAUGAUCUCCAUAGUUGGAGCUGAAAGACUCGGUAUCAGAAUUUCACCAUGGGCUACUUUCCAAGGUAUGAAGUCCGUUCAUGGCGAGGUGCACCCAUUGACUACUUACAGUUACUUGGUUAACGAAUUGGAAAAGAGAGCACAAGCCGGAAACAGAUUGGCGUAUAUUUCUUUGGUGGAACCAAGAGUCGAUGGUAUCAAUUCUGUUGAGAAAAAAGACCAAACUGGAAACAAUGACUUUGUCAAGGACUUGUGGAAGGGAACCAUCUUGAAAGCGGGAAACUACACCUAUGACGCACCAAAGUUUGGUCAAUUACUCGAUGAUGUUUCCGAUGGUCGUACACUCGUUGGAUUCAGUCGGUACUUUAUUUCCAACCCCGAUCUCAUUUCAAGACUCGAAAAGGGUCACCAGCUUGCCCCUUAUGAGAGAGAAACGUUUUACGGUAGAAGCGACUUUGGAUACAACGACUAUCCAAAGUAUGGAGAGAAAAGGGAAGAUGCUGAGGUUGCAAAAAAGAGAGUUCCUGAAGAACUCGUGGUAUAG